CAUCUGACACGUGUUUUUCUUAACCUUAACCUUGAGAGAUUUUCAUCAGGAUCCCACGGUUCUUUCCAAACCCUAUACACUUAUACGCCUUCAUACGUUCCUAAUCUAUCCAUCUAUUCAUGCCUAAUCAUCUUCGCAAGAUCUUAUAAUCUUCUCCAUCGCCGUCCAAGAAGUUCCUAAUUCUCGAUUUUUAAUCAAGAUACCACAGGAUUAAACGGGUUAUGCAUUAUGUACCUGUAUAGGUGGUCUUCAUCAAAAGAUAGUGUUCAUAUUAUAUGCAGGUUCCAUGUGAAAAAGCUACAGGCAUGCUUCCCUCCUGGGACCGACCUCUCGAAGGGUACCCCGAAGAUCAUUGAUAAAGCUUCUUGUGUGGAUGUCAAUGGCGAAGUCAUUAUUGAUGAACCUGCAGGUAAAUCUUACAGUCGACUGGUCGCCUUGACGCCUUUUAUGUCGCUGGUCUCGGGUUCGAGAGUGGCUGACUGGCUGUCGCCGUUUUACGUACGAGUUUUUGGUUUCGAUGGUGGCUCAAAGGUUGUUGUAGGGUGGUUUUAUUCAUGUUAAACAUGAUGGCAAUGGUAUGAUGAUUGGUUAGUGUUAGUCAUCUUUCAUCAAAGUUUGUCAAGAAGAAGAAAAUAAAUAGAUUUGGUGACUUUCUAAGAUUGGUUGUUAGGAGAAGUGUAGCGAACAUGUUAUGGUCAGAGGUUGUUAGAGCUUAUGAAGACAAUGGCCCUAUCUUUUUAUGUUUAUUUGGAAAAAAUAUUUAGAACUUCUUAUUAAACAAAGCACCAAUUAUAAAAUAACUUGCUCAUGCAUCUUUUCAAAGUAUCCAACAAUGAAAAUAACUAAUAUAAAAUCUAAUGGUUGCAUUUAGUUGUAGAAUUACUGAACUAGAACUUAACUUUUCCCAGUUAAUCUCAUUUUUCCAGGUUUUGCUUAUUAUGACACUGCAAAAUGCACCAGUAGGUCUUGAUUAUGAACGGGACAAAAAAUUUCAAAGGUUUGUGUCGUACUACAAGUAUUACAAUACGUAGGAUGGCGUGCUUAAUUUAUUUUAUUUAUUUGGUUGCUACUUGCUUAGUAAACGACCCAAAAAACCGUCAAUCAUCAGAUAACCUUUUAAAGAAUCCUUUUAUUAAACACGCACAUAUAAGACAACUGAUUAUCAAACUUUUUCCCCGUAUAAUCUAUGAUUGCUAAGCGUUUCUAUAAUCCCCUUGAAACUCCGCUACCCAAUAAACCAGUGGGUGUUUUCUGUUCAAUUGAUGAAGCAGGUUUUAAACAGAAAUUUGGUUACGGUAAAUGUAUAAUAUAUACAUCUUCACAUUUUCCAAACUUAUCCCCUGUUUAACAGUAGUAACAUGAUUCAAAACUGAAUGGUUCAACCUAUCUUUACAAUAUAAUAUAUAGUUUGUGAAGAUUAGGUUAUUUAGGUUUUAUUGUUGCUUUUGCCAUCGUUUGUAAUGCUUUGCCAGUUAAAUUGUUUCUAAUUUAUGUGAUAUCUGUUGGAUUUACCAUCGUUUAUGGUGAUUGUGGAAUGCUAUACUUUCAACUAAAGUGGUUUGCAUGGACAUGCUAUAUGACAAAAUAUGAUUGUAGACACUAAUGUUUGAGUCAGGUUCCAAGCCAAAUAAAGUAUAUAUAUUUUUAUGGACCUAAGGGAUCACUUCCUGCUAUUAUUUAUGAUAAAAAUUGUACAAGACCCAUUAAUUUGAACUCUUUAAG